CGGGGAGGGUGGAACUGGAGAGAAGAAGGAAGGAAGCACUGAUCUUUGGAGAUAUAGAGAGAGGACAGGGGGGAGGAGGAAACUAAAAAGAGGGGGACACUAACACGGAGGGAGGGAGGAGCGCCCUCUCAGCCUGUGUCUAGGAGCUCCACCUCUGCUCAGAGAGAAAAAUCUUGCUGAGGAUUUACUGUUUGGACCUUCAGACUGAACACUGACCGCUCGGGAAUUGUCCUGGAGUCAAUUUACUGGAAUAUCCCCUCAGAUUCUCCAGACCUGACUAGCUGCUACCUGCUGGAGUCAUUCCUGCUGAACAGGAGAUUUCCAAGAGUGUGAGUAAUAUGAGGAAGCCUUUGAAGGGGCUUGAUCCUGGAAUCAGACUGCAGGGCUUCCAUUGUGUUUAGACCUGGCAGCAUGCAAACAAAUCGGUGAACCGCCGCGGCCUGACAAACCCCCGCCCUUGUAGCCACCAGCGCCAGCAACGCAUCUUUGGGGGGGAUUCCAGACACUUCUGAUCUGCCUAACAACCUGCGCCAAACACCAUGGAUUUCAUACCCAUAAGAAGUCGAGAGAUGUUAGCAGACCCCAGCUCUGCUCCUCUCCUAGACCCUCACAGCAGCAGCAGCACCAGACAACACUACCAGAGCGUCAAGAGAAAGCUUCGGCCUGGCCGGAUUUUGGGCUUCAUCAUCAGCAUGGUGGCUGUCUGCACAGUUUCCUCAUGGAGUGCCUUGACACUGCUGCAGUCAGCUGCUGAGGGCUCAGCUGAUGCAGCGGUGCCCCAAAGAACUCUUCUGCAGCACUACAACCACUCAGAAAUACACAAGGACAUACCAGUGGCCAUGGCAUCAUCUGAUAUAGAGAUGAAUCAAGGGGACUACCCAGCGGACUACUUCACUGUGGAGGAGAGACGCCAAGGCUUUGUGGUGCUUCAUAUGUUUGGUAUGUUAUACAUGUUCAUAGCCUUAGCAAUCGUCUGCGAUGAGUUCUUUGUCCCCGCGCUCACUGUCAUCACAGAGAAGCUGGAGAUCUCUGAUGAUGUAGCAGGAGCCACCUUCAUGGCAGCUGGUGGCUCUGCCCCAGAGCUCUUCACCUCUGUCAUUGGUGUCUUCGUCUCCCACAGCAAUGUGGGCAUUGGCACCAUCGUGGGAUCAGCUGUCUUCAACAUCCUGUUUGUGAUCGGGAUGUGCGCCCUGUUCUCCAGAGAGGUGCUGAACCUCACCUGGUGGCCUCUGUUCAGAGACGUAUCGUUCUAUAUCAUUGGCCUGCUCAUGCUCAUCUAUUUCUUUUUGGAUAAUGAAAUCACUCUGACAGAGAGUGUCAGCCUGCUGCUCUGCUACACCUGCUAUGUGACAUUCAUGAAGUUCAAUGCCAGCGUUGAACUUUUCAUCAAGACCAAGCUGGGCAGCAACCAGGUGGACGAGCUGGAGGCUGCACCAAAGGUAAAUGCAGAUGAUGAGAACAAGCUGACGGCUAAGCCGAGGCUGCAGAGGGAAGGCAGCUGUGCUUCUCUGCACAACUCACUGAUGAGAAACAGCAUCUUCCAGCUGAUGAUACACACUCUGGACCCGUUGAGUGACGAAGGUGUGGGCCGCUUCAAAGAGAAGGCGUCGAUCCUUCACAAAAUGGCCAAACAGAAGUGUAAAGACGAGACUGCCAGUGCUGCCAACGGUGUUGCCGCUAAAAACAUCCCCAACAGUUCAAAUGUUGCAGUUGAAGUCACCCCACCCAUGAACGGCGUUGCAGGAGGAGUUGAGGGUGGUGAGGAAGACGAAGAUGAGGACCAGCCUCUGAGCCUGGCCUGGCCCGAAACCAACAGGAAACGCUUCACUUACCUCUGUAUCCUGCCCAUCGUCUUUCCUCUGUGGCUCACGCUGCCUGACGUCAGGAGAGAGAGUGCAGAAAAGUUCUUCGCCAUCACUUUCAUCGGCUCCAUCUGCUGGAUUGCCUUUUUCUCCUACUUGAUGGUGUGGUGGGCUCACCAGGUUGGAGAGACUUUCUGGAUCACAGAGGAGAUCAUGGGUCUGACCAUAUUAGCAGCCGGGACUUCAAUCCCGGACUUGAUCACCAGUGUGAUUGUGGCACGAAAAGGCCUGGGUGACAUGGCCGUGUCCAGCUCUGUGGGCUCCAACAUCUUUGAUAUCACUGUGGGGCUGCCAUUCCCCUGGCUCCUCUACAACAUCAUCAACGACUUCAAGCCGGUCGAGGUGAGCAGCAAUGGCCUGUUCUGCGCCAUCGUCCUCCUCUUCCUCAUGCUUAUCUUCGUCAUCUUGUCCAUCGCGGCUUGCAAGUGGAGAAUGAGCAAGUUUCUUGGCUUCCUCAUGUUCUUGCUGUACUUUGUUUUCCUCAUCGUCAGUGUCAUGCUAGAGGACAAAAUUAUCGUCUGCCCCGUCACCGUCUGAGAGCAUAUCACGUCGACUUCCUGUUGGAAAGCGAAGCAGUUGUGCUGAUAGCAACCAUGAUUUACUAUAGGAGAGCAGAAACGUGCUCACACAGAUACAGACUGUCGCUUAUCUGUCUCACAUGCACACGGUAGAAGAUACACACAUACACACAGACAUAUAAAUGCUCACACAUACACAAGCUGUUGAUGUCAGUUAGGCAGAGGCCGUGACUUAUAUCAGCCAUUCAGAUUCAGGUGACUGCAUCACAUCUGCUUAACACUGGCAGAAAGGCCUAUCUUUAUUUAAAAGAUCUUAUGCCACCCAAUAGGAAAGACUCUUUGUACCAUGUGACUACAGUCAGUUGCCACUAUUGCAUGAAACCUGCUGAAAGCAGCUGAUGGAAAGUGAAAGCAACCGAGGAUGGAAACGCAACUGGAAGGUCAGAAGAUUCUAUUUGUGUUUUUGUUUUCCUACUGAAGGACCAUGUGGCAGCAUGAGAAGCACAUCCACGACUCAUGCAAGGAGCCAAGUUAAGCAUAUAAACUGAAUAUGGAGGCUCCACAAGACUUUUUUUUUGUGGUUUUGUUUUGUAUAAGAUGCGAGCGGAGCUCUGGAGAGAUCAAGAAAUCAUGUCAUGGCAAAGAAGAAAGGGCCGAGGCGACACAUGAGUUCGACAGCCGCUUGAUAGCUAUAUAGGACAUGUGUGUCUUUUUGACCACAGACGACUGACUGUUAAUGGAUGUGUUUAAAAGCACAGUUUAAUGUUUGAAGUCAGAAAUUGCAAACGUAUAUCACAUUCAUAAAUAUAUAACGAUAGGAUUGCUAACUAGUCUUCACAGAUUAAAUUGGCUUAGAAUUUGAAUGCUUACAUCUGUAUAAUCCAACUAUUUUGAUCUGAUUUUUCUGAGCAUCACUUUCUCUGUUCUGGCUGCCUUCACCUGCACCACUUUAGAGAGAGGUUACUUUAGUGUCCUGAUGAUGCAGUUUGGUCAAGGAAUGGUGGAAUAAAGACCUGUAUUCGUCUCCAGAGCUGUACUCUUACUUUAGGUGUGAAAUGGGAUUGUUCAGCAUCAACAGGUAUCACUGGGUUUCUUCUGUAAUGAUUUGGUGUAAAACAACUCAUGUACUGUAAAACAACAACACAUAACGCUUAGUCCCUCUGUGUGUUUUAUCAGCAAUUGAACACGAAACGCUACAUUAAACAACUGAACAAUGAUGCAAUAAAGAAGAGUGUGUAGGUGCAAAAAUCCUUUAAUGUUAUUCCAAUGUUUCUCCAGAAGAAGCAAGUCAGUGUUUAUGUUGCCCAUCUUGUCCUCAUCAAUCACACGACCUGUUGCUGCUGUUUUCUGGACCUCUGAUGAAGUCCAGAAACACUCUUUUUUUCACUCUCUUUCUCUCUUUCUCUCGGGCUGAUGGAACACAUCAGAUCUGAUGCAGUAAUUACAUGUUUUCUGUUCCCAGAGUGUACGUCCAUCAUUCAUUUCCUCAUGCCAGUUUUCUCUGUUAAACAUAUAAAGUAUAACCAAAUGUCAGUCUUUGAGAAAUGCUCAAUAAAGUUACUUUAGAUAUCCCUCCUCUGCUUUUUUUUAUUUCUAGAAGUGUAACAGUUAGAAAUAUUUUAAAUCAAUUCCAAUUCAGCAUUAAAUCAGCAUAGAAGAAAAAUAUGUGCAACAGAUGACGUCCUGCUUCAGUGGCUUUUAGAAAUUUUAUAUUCAGCUGCAAAACCUUGGUGAGGCAUUUCAGUCACUUUAAAGUUCACUUUUACUCAGGUAUAAAUUUGCAUUUGUGUUUCUUUUGUUUCAUUUUAAUUAUAGACUUUAUCUGAUUUUUCUGUUUGAAAAUGAACUUCACUUCUACAUUUGAAAAUCAUAUUCAGUCCAUUUUUUUAAUGUAAGUUUCACAUUUUUGUCCAAUUGAAUUUAAAAUUGAUUGAGAUUGACUCUGAACAUACCCCCCCUCUUUUUGCGAUGUCAAAAUGUGUGUUUGCUUAUGUGUUUAUAUGUAAAAAGAAAUUUGUAAAUUCUAAAUCAAGACAUACAGAAUGUAAAUGUAAGCUCCUGUAUGCAGUCAUAGUCAACACAUACAGUAGUUUAUGAAGCUCAGUCCUCCUCGGUUCAGAUUUAGCUUUUAGCUAGCUUUUUUAGUGCUGUUUUGAUGGAUCAUAUGAAUGAGAGGAAUGUAUGUGUGAACAAGUGCAUUUAGAAAUGAUCAUAACAAUUCACCCUCAACCCGUUUAAGGUAAAAUGGUUUUGUAUGUCUCUUAUGUGUUAUGCAAGUAUGGAAUCAUAUUCAUAUUCUACUUGAAUCAUGUAUUAUACUGUAAACAUUAUAUAUCAUUUAACUCUGUAUAAAAUGUUAUAUGAUCAAAUAAAAGAAGACUUAAAUUUUCA